AUGCUCUCUGUGUGGCUCCUGGGCCUCGUACAGGCCGCCGCGGUGCUUGCGUGGGGCGCGACAGGCCACGAAGUCGUGGCGACGAUUGCGCAGUCGUUCCUGCACCCCGAUGUGCGCACCCACCUCUGCCAGGUCCUCCCAGAGUACACGUCGUACGAUCCCCACUUGCCGAACGCGACACGGCACUGCCAUCUCGCGCCGGUCGCUGCGUGGGCGGACCGCAUCAAAGGGCACGCACGGUGGAGCUCGCCACUGCACUAUGUGAACGCCCUAGGCGAUAACCCGCCGAGCGCGUGUACGUUUGGCGAGACGCCCUUUCACGGCGACAUGCAUGUGCUGAAUGGCAUCACCAACUAUACGCGGCAGGUGCUCGCGGAAAAGGGCGUGCGGCGCGACGAGGCGCUCCGGUUCCUCGUCCACUUUGUCGGCGAUAUGCACCAGCCAAUGCACCUUAUCGGCCGCGACCGCGGCGGCAACGGACUGCGUGUACACUUUGAAGGACACCCUACCAUGCUCAACCGCCGGAUCCGCGCGCUGCACAACUACACCGAGGCGCUUCCCGACGCAAGGUUUGAAUCCGCGCUGCGUGGCCGGCACUUUGACGCGUACGUGCGCUGGAUCCUGGCCGAGGGCCUCGGCGUCGGCACAGGACCGGUACAGCGCCGGCCGUGGUGGCCCGACUGGUUCGACUGGAUGACGUGCCCAGUUGAGCCGGACCAUGCGCCGAACUAUACGGACCCCAGUGGAGUGCCUGUGUGCCCCCUCGCAUGGGCGCGCGAUACGCACCGUGUCGGGUGUGUGUACGCCAUGGCGCCGCCGAUUCCUGCUGCGCAGCAGUACGCCCAGGCCGCCUUUCGUGUGCCGCGCCUGCCCGACGUAAGCGCGCCGUCGUACCUUGCCCCCAUUGAAGCCGACAAGAUCUUAGAGCAGCAGCUUGCCCAGGCCGGUGUGCGCCUUGCGGCAAUGGCCAAUGCGCUGUUUCUAGACGAGACUCGUGGUGGCUAA